CCAACUCCGAGGACCACAUCAACAUGUCUGCUUCGAAAACCUACAGAGCAGCCCAAUUAUCCGUGAAAGCUGAGCGUCUGGCUACGACUCAUCUCAAGAAUGUAGAAAUCGGGAAGCGCUCUAUACGUCUCUACGUCUCGCCCGCGCCAGUCAAUUUUGCUGAGAGACGCUCUGUCCUGAGAGCGCUUGAACAAUAUGGCCCAGUAGAGUUCUUCAAACUCAUGCCGGGUCAAGGUUCUGCCUUCAUAUCACUGAUGAAAGAAAGUGAAGCUGCCGCCAAAGCCGUCUGUUCAAGCCCAGUCAACAUUACUGUUCCUUCAUCCUGCAAGGAGCCAAGGUCUGCUGUGAAAGUGGACGGGCUAAAACCGCGUUUUGAAAAGCAGCCUUCGCAACCUUCCAACCCACAAGACACCAAAUUUGUCAUCGAAAUAACGGAGUCUCCCGCAUAUAAUCAUAAUGGCAGCUCAAGCUCGUUUCUCGCGAGAGUCUGGCCAGACUUUGUCACAGAAAAUAGGACUCUUGCUUCAACAACUCUGCGACAGUCGCUCCCUAAUAGUAUCGCAGCCAAGGGCUUGAGCCAUUGGGCCGUUGAUUUCGGAAAAGAAACAACAAUGGAUUCCAGAAAGAUUGACAGAGUGCAAACCCGCAAUUGGAUUCCAACGAAGAUAAAAACACCGCCUAGAGAGCCAGUGCCGCGGGCAGUGGGAGAAUGGGAGCGUCGGCAUAUGCAGCACCGCCGGCAAUCAAAAUCAAAGGCGGAUGAGCAAGCGACGCGUACCACUUCUGAAGACCAAGACAUUUGAAUCUCAGCUUCAUUGCCCAAGGCUUAGGCGGCACUUGCGCAACACAUUUCUACGAUUCUCCACCUUAUUAACUCAGCCAUGUUGACGGUUCGCUUCUUUCUCUGCAUAGCGCAGAUCUUGACCAGUUAUCGCAAUAUGCAGCGCACGACAGGGAGAAAAGAUUACACAUGCAUGCACAGGCAGCUAGACACAGAACGGGGUUCACCGAGUAGUCUUAACAAGCGAUUUCUCCUCGUCGUAUUAAUGUCUAGUAUUCACCCACCUGCUUUUCUGAACCACAUUACAGUUCACGCCAAGAUAAGUGUGACGCUGAUUGGGAAAAGAAACAAGCAAAGCUUCCAAACAAGGAUCUUGAUAUGAUCUGACCCGGGUGGGUUAGUCUGGUCUGAAAUGCAGGGUCAGAGGGCCAAGAUUGAUCUAAUUGACACAAAAGAGACACCCGAAUCAAGAAAUUCGGGGCGGCCCACACCCCGGUAGAUGAGCCACGAUUCGGCCAAAGCCACCAACUCUACGUCACAACGUAGUAGAGACGGCUUCUUGCGACGAGGAUGCUAUACCACGAUAUAGCCUGUCUUGGCUUUGACCAUGGCGGAUUUCGGCACACACGAGACCUGGAACAGGGCUUGGUGAUGACGUCUCACGCAACGACUCUGCACAAUGUUGGUUCCUGGCAUUGGCUCCACGAAUCCAUGACACGGGAACCCUCAUACGACCUGAAUGACUAUAUAUCUUGGCCUGCUUCUCUCGGUUUCUUGCCUUUUAUUUUCGUAUUGUCUUACAUCACU